AUGUGGCCCAAUAUUAGUGCUGCCCCCUUUCUGCUGACUGGCUUCCCAGGCCUGGAAACAGCUCAUCACUGGAUCUCCAUCCCCUUCUUUGCAAUCUAUGUCUCUGUACUUCUUGGCAAUGGCACUCUCCUCUACCUAAUCAAGGAUGACCACGCUCUCCAUGAACCCAUGUACUAUUUCCUUGCCAUGCUGGCGGGAACAGAUCUGAUGGUGACAUUGACCACGAUGCCAACUGUAAUGGGUGUAUUAUGGCUGAAUCAUCGGGAGAUGAGCCAUGGAGCCUGUUUCCUGCAGGCCUACUGUAUUCACUCUCUUUCCAUUGUAGAGUCAGGUAUCUUGCUUGCCAUGGCCUAUGACCGUUUUAUUGCCAUUCACAAUCCUUUGAGAUAUACUUCCAUUCUCACCAAUUCUCGAGUGGUGAAGUUAGGGAUGGGAGUUUUUCUGAGGGGUUUCAUAUCCAUUGUGCCUGUAAUUGUGCGUCUUUUUUCAUUUCCAUAUUGUCACUCUCAUGUUCUCUCUCAUGCUUUCUGUCUUCACCAAGAAAUUAUGAAACUGGCCUGUGCUGACAUAACUUUCAAUAGACUGUACCCUGUCAUUCUGAUUUCUUUAACAAUCUUCUUAGACUCUUUGAUCAUCCUUUUCUCCUACAUCCUAAUUCUUAAGACUGUCAUGGGCAUAGCCUCUGGUGAAGAGAGAGCCAAGGCCCUCAAUACCUGUAUCUCCCACAUCGGUUGUGUCCUCAUCUUUUAUGUCACUGUUAUAGGUCUGUCAUUUAUUCAUAGGUUUGGGAAAAAUGUGCCAGAAGUGGUCCACGUUAUAAUGAGCUAUGUAUACUUUCUCUUUCCUCCUUUAAUGAAUCCUAUCAUUUACAGUGUCAAGACCAAGCAAAUUCAAUAUGGCAUUCGCCGCCUUUUAACUAAACAUACAACUGAAAACUAA